CUGAAAACAAUGUGGCCUGGGGCCAGCAAGCAUAUAAAAGUAAAAACGUAUACGAAAAGUCACGGCCUCGUACCUCUUCCUUUAUAAAAACCCAGAAAUUGGCUAGCUUUUAUUUCUCUUCUCUCUGGUCUUAAUUUCUACCUUUCCAAAUGGCCCAGAAAGUUGUGUUGAAGGUCCUGACCAUGACCGAUGAUAAAAGCAAGCAGAAAGCAAUAGAAGCUGCAGCCGAUGUAUAUGGGAUUGAUUCAAUAGCGGCAGAUCUGAAGGAUCAGAAGUUGACAGUGAUAGGGCAAAUGGAUACAGUGGCAAUAGUAAAGAAGUUGAAGAAAGUAGGGAAAGUGGACAUACUAUCAGUUGGGCCAGCCAAAGAAGAGAAGAAGGAAGAAAAGAAGGAAGAAAAGAAAGAGGAAAAGAAAGAGGAGAAGAAGGAAGAGAAGAAAGAAGAAAAGAAAGAGGAGAAGAAAUAAGUAAAAAGCUACAACCUUUUCUUUUUUUGGGUUAGUUCUAUUUACUCCCAUCCUAUUUUCAGUAUGUGAGAGAGGUUUGCUUAAUGUAAUAAGCUCUGCUGAAAACUUUCUCACGGAGAAGCACUUCUAUUUCCGGAGCUCAUUGAACAAUCUCUUAAUCCAAAGGUAUAAGUGGUUUAUGAUGCAGCUUUAGAGUUUGUGUAAAUGAAAUAACAUUCAUGAUUUUGGUUUGG